GUGACUUAACUUUUCUUUUUGGCAGCCCCCCCCCUCCAGCUCCUGCCCAGGACUGUGUCUGAGAGUCAAGACUAAUCAAAGGCACUUGUAUGUAGAGGACUGUUGGCCUCUGAAGGGAUCGAGCCAGUUCAGGCCAGCCUGCUGCUCCUUCUCUUCUCUUCUUUUCUUUUCCCCCCCUCUCACUCUCUCCCCCUGUCCUGUCUGUUUAAGGAGAGAAAGAUUGGGAAAUUCCUUCAAGCUACUUUACUUCAGGUUUCUGUGGGAUUUAAACAUGCACACUGAGGUUUUGGUACAGUCCAUGUUAGUGCCGUUGUUUCUGAUUCUGCUCUCUGCCGUGGAGGACACUUUGUUACAAUCUGUGAGCCAGGUGGGUGGUGUGUGUAAGCUGUCCACAGAGUCGUCCCUGCGCCGCUGCAGGACACCUGAUGGCAAGAUCUGCAGUGGGAGGGGCAAGUGUGACUGCGGCAUCUGCCUCUGCCAGGCCACAGAUCCCGGGAAGUUCUUCGGCCCACGCUGCGAGUGCCACGACUGGGUCUGCGAGACGUAUAACGGGAACACCUGCAAUGACCGCGGCUUCUGUGACUGUGGGACGUGUGAGUGUGACGAAGGCUGGUCCGGAGAUGCCUGCCAGUUCCAGGAGGAGUGUAACCUCCCCAACAAGAAGAGCAAGGAGCUGUGCAAAAAUCCACAGGGGGUGGUGUGCUCCAACAGAGGCACCUGCCACUGCGGUAGCUGCAUGUGUGACAAUGAGGACAACAGGGGUCUGGUGACUGGACGUUUCUGUGAGUGUGACGACAGCGAGUGUCUGGACGAGGACACCGGAGAGGUGUGUGGAGGCCAUGGCCAGUGUUACUGUGGAAACUGUUACUGUGCUGCUGGUUGGCAUGGAGACAGAUGUGAAUUCCUGUGUGACAUCAGCCCGUGGGAAAGCAAGAAGAGAUGCACGUCUCCAGAUGGCAAAAUCUGCAGCAACAGAGGGACCUGUGUGUGUGGAGAAUGCAACUGUUACGAUGUAGAUCCCUCUGGCGACUGGGGAGAUAUACAUGGAGACACCUGCGAGUGCGACGAGAGGAACUGUCAUGCAACCUACGACCGAUACACGGAUGAUUUCUGCUCAGGUCAUGGCCAGUGUAAUUGUGGCAGGUGUGACUGCAAGGAGGGAUGGGCUGGGAAGAAGUGUGAGCAUCCUCUGUCCUGCUCCUUGUCUCUGGAGAGCAGUGUGAAGAAGUGUCGCGGAACGUCCAAUUUGCCCUGCUUCGGACGAGGUCAGUGCCUGUGUGGACAGUGUACUUGCCACCCACCUGGGGACAGUCGGGUUCAUGGCAAAAACUGUGAGUGUGAUGACCGUCAGUGCGAGGACAUCAACGGAGAGGUCUGUGGAGGUCACGGUUACUGUUCAUGCGGACGCUGCAUCUGUGAGGAGGGCUGGUUCGGGAAGCUGUGCCAGUUCCCCAGGUCUUGUGACAUGAGCGACGCCCAGAGCAAGGAGCUGUGUGAGACCUCCGACGGCGUCAUGUGCAGUGGAAAAGGUUCGUGUCACUGUGGCCAGUGCAUCUGCUCUCCCCAGGACUGGUGGGUGUCUGGAGAGCACUGUGAGUGUGACGACCGAGACUGUGACAAGCAUGACGGCCUCAUCUGCACAGGGAACGGGUUGUGCAAUUGUGGCAACUGUGAGUGCUGGGACGGCUGGACAGGGAACGCUUGCGAAAUCUGGGUGGGAGAAGAGUACUGAGGAAGAGGAGGAGGAGGAGGAGGAGGAAGAGAGGACACUGGUGUUAGAGACAGGAGGCCUGGCUGCCCAGAGCAACCAGAGCACCACUGAUGGUCUCCACCGGGCUGGUAAAAGAACUGCAGCCUGGAAAACCACGGGAAGAAGCGGGAAGACGGAACUACACAAGGACGUGAUUCGGCAUAUCAUUACCAGCAUUCAUUCUUUUAUUGUACUGGUUACAAAUGACCCUUAUUAAACUGGGUGUUGUAGGUGUAAAAGAAACAUAAACAUAUUACCAUGUAAACAUUUGUUUCAAGAACAUCUUUAUGUGCAUUUUGUUGUAUUUAUAUAUACAUAUAUUUAUAUAUAUACAUAUCUAUCUAUAUAGAUAGAUAGAUAGAUAUGUAUAUAUUUUAUCUAUAUAUAGAUAUAGAUAAAAGAACGCUGACAUAUUCAAGAUGGCUACACAUAAAAUAGAUGGCAGAUCAAAGGGACAGUUCAACCCAAAAUAAAAAUAAAUAAUUAUUUUGCGUCUUGCAUGUAAUGCUAUAUAUCCAUCUUUAUCAUUUUGGUGUGAACUUUCAAGUUUGACAACUCGAUGACACAAAAUAAACAUCUGAUAAAAUCAAAACAAAGUGACGUCCCUUUCCAGAAAUCCCGUCCUGGUUACUAGGAUAAUCCACAGACCCUGUUGUGAGCAGCUUCAUGUAGGAGCUGUUUUCUUCAGCCGAGGAGGACACUAUUAAUGUCUCCACCUUGAGGUGUCACAAGCGCGAGCCUCUCGACCAUGAGUAGGUGCAGACUUCCGUCUGCGUGGUGUAGUUUGGUAGAAAGACAAUAGUUCCUACAUGCUCACCACAAGGUCUGUGGCUUAUCUUGUGUAACUGGGUCAUGGUUUCUAGAGAGAGACAUUGCUGUUGAGCAUCAUUUCAACUGUACCACUCACACCCGAACAAUGUAGAUGGAUAAAUAGCACCACGGUAUGAGCAACAAUAUGUUAUUUUGAU